UGUCUAUGGAUCUAGUCUAUGACAAAAGCACAAGUGUCAAUUGAGAACGAAGUUAGAGGUUAUAAUAUUAUGAAAUUUUAGUCGAUAUGGCCUUAAAUAUUUUACCUGUGAUGUUUUUAAGACGCAACGGGAUUAAAACAUUGUUCCAAAGUGCUAAACAUUUCCAAAAACUUCAACAAAACCAAGUAUAUGUCGUAAAAAAUGAAAUAAGACUAUAUUCAAGUAAAAACGUGAAAAACUACAUUGGCAUUUUAAAAACUAGAGAUAUAUUACACGAAAAAAAAUAUUAUUCCGUAGAAACAGCGCAGCAAGAUCUUGACUAUUACAAUGAACAUAACAUAACUAUUAUUGGCGAUAAUGUUCCUAGCCCAUAUCGUGACAUCGAAAACUGCGACUUCCCUGAUUAUAUAAAAACAUUUUUGAAAAAGCAAGGACUUGUCAAGCCAACAAUAAUACAAUCACAGGGAUGGCCAGUAGCAUUAAGUGGCAAAAAUCUGGUUGGUAUAGCGCAAACCGGUACUGGUAAGACACUGGCUUACCUUUUGCCAGCUGUUGUGCACAUCAAAGAAAAACAGGGUAGAAGAAGCAAAGGCCCAAGAGUCUUGGUACUUGCACCCACAAGAGAGCUGGCAAGACAAAUAGAGGAGGUUGCUAAAGAAUUCGAAACUUUGUUGAAUGUCCGUUGCUUGUGUAUUCAUGGAGGGGCAAAUAGAGGACCACAGGCAGCCGCACUGCAGGAGGGCGUGGAUAUAUUGAUAGCCACACCCGGAAGAUUGAAUGAUUUCAUUAACAGUAAAACAACAACAUUAACACGAUGCACAUAUGUUGUUCUCGACGAGGCAGAUAGAAUGUUGGAUAUGGGCUUUGAGCCACAGAUACGUGAAGCAUUGGAAGAGGUGCCUUAUGAAAGACAGAUUCUUAUGUUCUCAGCAACUUGGCCUAAGGAAGUUGAACACUUAGCUAAAGACUAUUUGGGAGAGUUUAUACAGGUUAAUGUUGGAUCAACAGAGCUAUCGGCAAACCACAACAUACAACAGAAUUUUCAUAUUUGUGAACAGGAUGAAAAAAUGGAAAAGUUCAAGGAAAUCAUGCAUGAAAUUUCAAGCCAAGGAUUGGGGAAAGUUUUAGUAUUUACCAAUACUAAAAGAUUUGUGGAUACUUUGGCAUUGACACUAAAGAGGAAUGGUUGGCCGGCUGUUGGUAUCCAUGGCGACAAGACUCAGAAUCAAAGAGAUGCAAUCAUUAACAGGUUCCGGAAUGGAAACACAAACAUACUUGUUGCAACUGAUGUUGCUGCAAGAGGUCUAGAUGUUGAUGGGGUAACACAUGUUAUAAACUAUGAUUUUCCAAAUACAUCGGAAGAUUACAUUCAUAGAAUUGGCAGAACUGGCCGCUUGCAGAAUAAAGGAGUUUCACAUACAAUACUCACUGAAGAUGAUGCAAGGCAUGCUAAGAGCUUGAUUCCUGUACUAAGAGAAGCUAAUCAAGUUGUUCCCCGUGAAUUAGAAGAUAUGGCAAGAAAUCACAACAUAUCAAAACAAAAGGAAUAUCAAAUUAAAUAUAACACAAAAAGGAGUUACGGAUUUAACCCAAAUAAGAGGAAUAACUUCCGAAGUCGCAACAAUUACAAUAGAUAUGACCGUUAUUAAUUAUACGUAGUUGAAAUAUAGUUAUUACAGUG